AUGUCCAACGAGAGGUUCAAGGUUAUCAUCGUCGGCGGGUCUAUAGCUGGUCUGACCUUGGCCCAUUGUUUACGCCGGCUCGGGAUUGACUAUGUCGUUUUGGAGCGAAGAGACGAGAUCGCGCCCCAGGAGGGUGCAUCGAUUGGGAUAAUGCCAAAUGGUGGCAGAAUAUUGGACCAAUUGGGCUUGUAUGAUCAGAUUGAGGAGCUCGUUGAACCUCUAUCCUCGGCUCACAUGCGGUACCCCAGCGGGUUCAGCUUUCAAAGCAAUUGGCCAAACAAAUUGCGUGAGCGGUUUGGCUUCCCCCUCGCGUUUCUUGACCGCCAGAAACUUCUCGAAAUAUUAUAUAGGUCGCUUUCCGAUGAUGGAAAAAUCCUGACCAGCAGGAGAGUAACUCAAAUCCAGCAUUACGAAACUCAUGUCACCGUACAAGUUGAAGAUGGGUCUUGCUUUGACGGUGACAUUGUUGUCGGGGCAGACGGCGUACAUAGCAAGGUACGCGAAGAAAUGUGGCGACUGAUGAAUUUGAUGGAGCCGGGAUGCAUGAAAGAAGGCAGAAAGGAUAUGACGAUCGAGUACGCGUGUGUGUACGGCAUCUCAUCGCCUAACGCCAGUCUCACCCCCGGUCAGCAGAUUACUUGCCUCAACGACGGCUGGAGUAUUCUCAGCGUCAUCGGCAAGAAAGGCCGGACCUUCUGGUUUCUCUUUCUGAAACUCGGCCAGCGAUACACAUACGGUGCAGCACCAAGGUUCUCUGCCCGGGAUGCCUCCUUCUACUGCGACAGAUUGCGCGACGAACCAUACUGGGGGAACGUCAGGUUCGGUGACCUUUGGGACCGGCGAGAGGCGUUUAAUAUGGCACCGCUGGAAGAAAUGCUGUUCUCUCAGUGGCACUGGGGACGAAUAGUUUGUAUUGGCGAUAGUAUGCACAAGAUUGCCCCUCAUACAGGCCAAGGCGCCAAUUGCGCCAUAGAAGAUGGGGCAAGCCUCAGCAAUCAGUUGUACGAGCACUUCUCCAAAAACUACACCCACAAGCCCUCCUCCCUCGAGAUAAGCCGGAUCUUCCAACGGCUAACACGGGACCGGAUGGGCCGCUUAGCGGAUAUAGACCGGACUUCACGAUUUGCCAUGCGACUACAGGCCCGCGAUGGAGUGGUCAGACGGCUCCUGGGCCGGAUUUUCCUGCCUUACGCGAGAGACAAGCUGGCAGACUGGGCAUCGGCAGACAUUGCUAACACAGUCACACUGGCGAUGCUGCCAGCGUCGAAGCGCAAAGGACCUGGAUGGGAACAGUUUAAACCAAAAUCCAGGGUGUCUUUGGGAGGAAUUGUGGCUGGGUUUCUCUUCCUCUGCGGUCUUAUAAUUGCGAUUACAGCUUAG